AUGAAGAUCUCGACCGCGCUCGCUCUGGGCGCUACCGCUUCCACUGGUGCCUGGGCCUACGCCAUCCCGCAACAGGAUGUGAUAGAGAACCCCCAUAUUCACCAUGAGCAAGAGAAAUAUCUAAUCGAACUCGCUCCCUAUCAAACAAGAUGGGUAACAGAGGAAGAAAAGUGGGCCUUGAAACUCGACGGUGUGAACUUCAUUGAUAUCUCAGAAGACCGAAACUAUGGAUUGUAUCCAACACUAGAUGCUGGUGCCUAUAUCAAUUAUCCAAAGGAGAUGGGGCAUACAGACAAGGUCAAUGGGCUCAUUGAUGGCUUAUCCAAGGAGAACAUGCAGAAGGAUCUUGAGAAAUUUACUUCUUUCCACACGAGAUACUAUAAAUCGUCGGAUGGUGUUGAGUCUGCCACAUGGCUGUACAAACAGGUGCAGAAAGUGGUCCAUGAUUCAGGGGCUGAUGGGUCGGGUGCGUCUGUCGAGAAGUUCGAGCACCCUUGGGGUCAGUUCAGUAUCAUUGCCCGUAUCCCUGGUGUAUCGAACAAAACUGUUGUCCUGGGUGCACACCAGGACAGCAUCAACCUGUUCCUUCCGUCUCUUCUAGCUGCCCCAGGCGCUGAUGACGAUGGAAGUGGGACUGUUACAAUCCUUGAGGCCUUGCGUGGUUUAUUGAAAUCAGAGGUCAUUUCACAAGGGAAAGCGCCAAACACAAUUGAAUUCCACUGGUACUCAGCAGAAGAGGGUGGAAUGCUUGGUUCCCAAGCUGUAUUCUCCAAGCACCAACGAAACAAAGUGGAUGUGAAAGCCAUGCUCCAGCAAGAUAUGACCGGGUAUACGAAAGGCUCCGUUGAUGCUGGCUUGGAUGAAGCCAUUGGAGUGAUGACUGACUAUGUUGAUCCCGCACUCACGACCUUCCUCAAGGCUACCAUUAAUACCUACUGUCGCGUUGGCUUUGCCGAUACCCGAUGCGGCUAUGCCUGCUCCGAUCACACCUCAGCAAGCAAGUACGGAUACCCAUCAGCCAUGGCAACAGAAUCCAAGAUGGAGAACAGCAACAAGCACAUUCACACCACUGACGAUAAGAUCAAAUAUCUGAGCUUUGACCACAUGCUGGAGCACACGAAGCUUACUCUUGGGUUUGCCUAUGAGCUUGCUCUUGCCGACCUCUAA